AUUUGCCACGAUUUUUCUUUCAGAAAUUUUCUGAUGUAAUUAAUAGACGUUUUUAACGAGCUUGUUCAUAAAAACAUUUUGCCAUUUGCAAAUAUUUUUAGUUAAAAUAAUUUAAUUAAUAUGGAAGGUGAUGAUGGUUUUGAUCCUAUAUUAUUGAGGAAGAAAAAAAAGAAGAAGACGUUUGAUUUGGAUGCCGUCUUAGCAUUUGAUUUAGAUGACUCCAAGAAAGAAGAAAAUAUAGAAGAGCCAUCCGGUGAAGCAGUUGCCAAUGAUUUUGACGACAAUCUAGAUUUGGAAAAUUUUGGUAAAAAGAAGAAGAAAAAGAAGAAGCCUUUUAAUCUAGAAGAAAUAGAUAAUGCUUUACCCAAAGAAAACAUUGAACGCGUUAGUGAACCAGCUGCAGAACCUGAGGACGAUGACAUUAACUUAGAUAUGGAUUUUUCGAUGGCAAAAAAGAAAAAGAAAAUUAGGAAGAAAGAGAUUGAUGAACUUAUUGCCGACAAAAAGGAGGAAGAAGAUAAAUUUGAAGAUAAAGAAAAUGUUGACGACAAUAGCUCCACGUGGGCCGGAUCUGACCGUGACUACACCUAUGAUGAGUUGCUUAAAAGGGUGUUUGAAAUUAUAUUGGAUAAAAACCCCGAAAUGGCUGGCGGUCGUAAACCGAAAUUUGUAAUGAGGCCUCCACAGGUAUUACGUGUGGGCACUAAGAAGACAUCUUUCGCAAAUUUCAUGGACAUUGCUAGAACUUUGCAUCGCUUGCCCAAACAUUUAUUGGAUUUUUUACUAGCCGAAUUAGGUACUAGUGGAUCGAUGGAUGGCAAUCAACAGUUAAUCAUUAAAGGACGUUUUCAGCCCAAACAAAUUGAAAACGUAUUACGGCGUUACAUUAAAGAAUAUGUAACCUGCCAUACAUGUCGUUCACCUGAAACUAUACUGCAAAAAGACACCCGUCUCUUCUUUCUCCAAUGUGAAUCUUGCGGCUCGCGUUGUUCAGUGGCCAGUAUUAAAUCGGGUUUCCAAGCUGUUACCGGCAAGCGCGCUGCUAUUAGGGCUAAAACCACAUAAAUCUUAUGAUUUUUAAUUAAUAUUUGUUUUUUUCUUCAAACUUCUGCAAUUAUUUUGUACAAUUUACUACGAUAUUAAUUAGAACAAGUAAUUCGAUUUCAAAACCGCAAUAAAUCUGGGCGUAUUUUAUUACAAUGAAAA